CAACACUAGCCGGACACGUCAACGAGUGCAAAUGUAUGGGCAUGGAGUUGAAACGUAACUACGACAAGCCAGAGUUUCACGACGAUCUGCGACGAAUGUAUAUGCGCGCGGGCGUCAACUACGAGGACACAGUGUUCCUGUUCACUGAUACACAGAUUACUAAAGAGGAGUUUUUGGAGGAUAUCAAUAAUAUGCUAAAUUCAGGCGAGGUGCCGAAUCUUUUCGAAGGCGACACGUAUGAGCAAGUACAGACCGGUUGUCGCACUGAAGCGGGUAAAUGUGGUCUCAAUCCCGCAGACCGGGAUGCUGUCUACUACUUCUUUAUUAACCGUGUCAGGUCCAAACUUCAUCUCUGCAUAUGUAUGAGUCCCGUUGGAGAAGCUUUCAGACGUCGAUGCCGCAUGUUCCCGUCAUUGGUGAACUGUUGUACUAUAGACUGGUUCACAAAAUGGCCGCCUGAAGCGCUGCUGUCGGUAGCUCAACAGUGUCUAAUGCCAAUGGGUAAUAGCGAAAUUAUUGGAAAAAUAUCGCAGCUCUGCGUCACUAUGCAUGAGGACGUCGAUAAAAUGACAGAUCGACUAUACCAAGAGAUGCGGCGAUACUUCUACACGACUCCGAGUAGCUACCUCGAUUUACUAAAACUGUACCUAAACCUUCUCGAUAAAAAACAACAGGAAAUUAUUCGUGGUAGAGAUAGGAUUUCAUGUGGAUUACAGAAAUUAUACGAAACAUAUGAAGUGGUAGGAGUGAUGGAGCAACAGGUGCGAGAUAUGGAACCAAUAUUAGCCCGCAAAGCGGAUGAAGGUAUUGCACUUGUUAAUCGGCUCAAAAUUGAACAAGCUGCCGCCGACGAAGUGAAGCAGGCGAUAAAAGCAGAGGAAGUGAAGGAGAUUGCGGAUGAGGCCAAAGCCGACCUUGCGAUGGCAAUGCCAGCGAUGGAGGCCGCACAGAAUGCCCUCAAGGCCCUUAACAAGGCCGACAUCAAUGAAUUAAAGGCCUUCCAGAAACCACCAGCUCUGGUGCGGUUUGUUAUGGAACCAGUUUGCAUACUACUCGGAGCGAAACCAGACUGGGAUUCUACAAAGAAACUAUUAGCCGAUGUGAAUUUUAUACGCAAUUUAGAGGAGUAUGACAAAGAUCAUAUUCCUGAUGCAACACUCAAAAAAAUUAAGGUAUAUCUUACUCACAAGGACUUCAACCCGGAUACUGUUGUCAAAGUAUCAAAGGUAAGAAAGCAUAAAGAAGCAGCGGCUAUAUUAAAAAGUGUAAUGGCUGUGCUAAGGGCGAAGCAAAAAGAAGUAGAAGCAAUAGAGGCUCAGCUUGCUAAAAUGUUGGAUGAAUUAAGGGUGGUGGAAGAAGAGCGUAUAAAGUUACAAGCUGAUGUAGAUUUGGCAGCGGCACGGUUGUCUCGAGCUGGCAAACUGACUCAAGCUCUAGCUGACGAAAAAACUCGUUGGGAAGAAAGCGUUAAGCUUGAUAACAAUAAUGGCGGAUUCGUAUACUGUUCGUAUGUGGAAUUCGCAAGGUUUACCACGAGAUGCCGUGUCCACAGAGAAUGGUAUUCUCGUGACGCGCGCCGGUCGGUGGCCACUUACCAUCGAUCCUCAAGAACAGGUCAGUGCAUAUCGCUCACUGAAUAGUACAAUGGCACAACUCAAAAACCAUUAUUUCGAGAAAACGCCACAACAUUGUGGUGGCAUCCCAUAUAUAAUUUAAAGAAAAAAUAAAAAACUUAACAGUAAUAAUAUAAUACAAACGAUUUAACUGUUAUGUUAUAAAAAAUAGAUUUUCAUAAUUAUAAAUAUAUUAAAUUUUCAUAACUUCGGAGAACCUUUCUCGAAAUAUGGUUUUUGAGUUGUGCCACUGUACCAUUCAAUGAGCGAUAUAUUCAGGUUAAAAACUUAUUAUUAAUCACUGAAUCCAAUUUGCUAAAUUAAAAUGGUUGUGAUCCUCUCCAUAACGCAAAUAGGUGGAUUAAGAACAUGGAACGUGACAACGGACUAAUGAUAACAAAACUAAACGACCCUAGCUACAUUCGUAUUUUGGAGAACUGCAUCCGGCUGGGAUGGCCCAUGUUGAUCGAGGACCUGGGCGAGACGCUAGAAGCAACCCUUGCUCCUGUUUUACUGAAGCAAACAUUCUUACAGGCUGGUCGUCUUCUCAUUCAUCUCGGCGACAGCGAUAUCGAAUACGACACAAAUUUCCGCCUGUACCUAACUACUAAGCUGGCCAAUCCCCACUAUUUGCCUGAAAUCUGCAUCCAAGUCACAUUGGUCAACUUUACCGUCACUCUAUCCGGUCUGGAGGAUCAACUGCUAGCGUUAGUUUUUAUUGUAUAAUCAUUAUAUAACAUGUCGUAUUAUAAUAGUUAAAUUUUUUAUCAAUUGUAAUAUUUUACAACUCUGUUUCGGAGUAGUAUCUUUAACUUCACGUUUUUGUUAUGCAACUAGCAAACAAAUUUUGUUUAAAUUUUUUAUCAAUUUAAAUAUCAGGCAUUAGGAAAACUUUCCAUUUCAUUCAUUCAUUUAUUACUUAUAAAGUAAUAAAUAAUUAUAAAGUAAUUGGUGCCAAAUGGCAGGACCGUACCCAUUUAAAGCCCUGGGCAUGCCUUCGAUUGGGAGGACCACCCGGCAACCCGGAGGUUUCUUAUAGAGGUCAUUUAUGCAUUUAUGCGUGAUGCCACCUAG